CGGCGAGGUGGGGGAGGGCAGUCCGUGUGUGUCUGUGUUGUUGUUCGGCGGCGGCGGCGGCGGUAAGAUGGCUGCCCACGGGGGCUCCGCGGCGUCCUCGGCGCUGAAGGGGUUAAUUCAACAGUUCACCACCAUCACCGGUGCAAGUGAAAGUGUAGGAAAACAUAUGCUUGAAGCGUGCAACAAUAAUCUGGAAAUGGCAGUCACUAUGUUUUUGGAUGGUGGAGGAAUCGCUGAAGAGCCCAGUACCAGUUCAGCAAGUGUCUCUACUGUCAGACCACACACAGAAGAAGAAGUUCGUGCCCCAAUUCCUCAAAAGCAGGAAAUACUGGUGGAACCAGAACCAUUAUUUGGUGCUCCUAAAAGACGACGGCCUGCACGCUCAAUUUUUGAUGGUUUCCGGGAUUUUCAGACUGAAACUAUUCGGCAAGAACAAGAAUUAAGAAAUGGAGGAGCUAUCGAUAAGAAAUUAACUACCCUUGCAGAUCUAUUCCGGCCACCCAUUGAUUUGAUGCAUAAAGGCAGCUUUGAAACAGCCAAAGAGUGUGGCCAGAUGCAAAAUAAGUGGCUGAUGAUAAACAUUCAAAAUGUUCAAGACUUUGCAUGUCAGUGCCUCAACCGCGAUGUGUGGAGCAACGAAGCUGUGAAGAAUAUCAUCCGGGAACAUUUCAUUUUCUGGCAGGUUUAUCAUGACAGUGAGGAAGGUCAGAGAUACAUACAGUUUUAUAAGUUAGGGGAUUUCCCCUAUGUUUCCAUAUUGGACCCACGGACAGGUCAGAAGCUAGUAGAAUGGCACCAGUUAGAUGUAUCUUCUUUCUUGGACCAAGUGACGGGAUUUCUGGGUGAACAUGGACAACUGGAUGGACUUUCUAGCAGUCCCCCCAAAAAAUGUGCCCGUUCAGAGAGCCUUAUAGAUGCAAGUGAAGACAGCCAGCUAGAAGCUGCCAUCAGAGCCUCCUUACAAGAAACACAUUUUGAUUCAACACAGACAAAACAGGAUAGCCGCUCAGAUGAAGAAUCUGAAUCUGAACUUUUUUCUGGCAGUGAGGAGUUCAUAUCCGUUUGCGGCUCUGAUGAAGAAGAAGAGGUCGAGAAUCUUGCCAAGUCCAGAAAGUCUCCCCACAAAGAUUUGGGGCAUAGAAAAGAGGAGAAUAGAAGGCCGCUGACUGAGCCACCAGUCAGAACUGAUCCUGGAACAGCCACAAACCACCAAGGAUUGCCAGCCGUGGAUUCAGAGAUACUGGAGAUGCCACCUGAAAAAGCAGAUGGAGUGGUGGAGGGGAUAGAUGUAAAUGGACCAAAAGCACAGCUGAUGUUGCGGUAUCCAGAUGGAAAAAGGGAACAGAUCACUCUUCCAGAGCAAGCUAAACUGCUAGCUUUGGUGAAGCACGUCCAGUCUAAAGGAUACCCAAAUGAACGUUUUGAACUUCUCACCAACUUUCCUCGAAGGAAAUUAUCUCAUCUGGACUAUGAUAUUACAUUGCAAGAGGCAGGCCUUUGUCCUCAAGAGACUGUCUUUGUACAGGAAAGAAAUUAACACCAUGGCUUGACCUCUCUCAGCUCACCCCUUUUUUCCCUUUUCCUAUGAGAUACCAUGUCACUAAGUAUGCAUUUUGGCUCAUAGGACCACAGAGCCAAAGUUGGGCAAGCAAGUCACCUUCCUUCUCUUACUUCUUGAUCUCUCCUAUAAUCAGUCUCUUUCUUCGCCUUUGUUUCUUUCUCCUCUUCUGUUUUCUGUCUCCCCACUCCGUACCCUUCCUCCUCCCCCUCCCUCCACACUUUUCUUUCUUACCUAAUCUGGUGACCAAACUGAAGUGUAAGGAUAAGACCUCUCCUAGUACUAGCAGCAGGAAUUGUGUGUUCCAGUAAGUGGUCCCUUGCACAGCACUUUUUUGGGAUCAAAUGUUAACAUUACUCCCCAGACUCUUCGGGCAAAGGAAUGGCUAGAUUCAGAGUAAGAACAACCCUCCCUUUUUUGUAAGCCCCCAUGUUUAGUAGGGAGAAGAAAUUCUCUAACAUGGGUUUGGUUUUGUUGUGUUCUUCAUGUGGAAAUAUCACUUAACAAAAUAUCCAGGCUUUUGUUUACGUGGAAAAAGCAUCCCUUGUAAUUAUUGCUCAUCAUACUUAAAAACUUUUUUCAAAGGAUUUUCAUGUUCCCAGCUAUAAGGACUAUUUCUAUGACAUGUGUUAUUGGCAGAAUGAGUGUUAAAUAUGGAACAUAUAGCAUGGGGUGACUUUCAUUGUCCUAGCCUGAGACAGUUUUCUUUAUUACUCUGUAUUGAUCCUGCUAGUCCAAGAAUGGACAUUAAGUGAACCUAUCGUGGUGACUGGGAUAGGAAGGUGCUUGCUAUUUUUGCCAGCACGGCAUAUUAGUUCCUUUGGAGCCCUCCAUUGUCUGAGUCUGCAGUGAUCUGUAGGAAGGCAGCUGGUCAAUAAUCAUGUAGUACAAUGGCAUGGAAUUGUAACCACUAUGGUUAUUGAUUGUCCUGUGUUGUUUCAGGCAUACUUAGGUAUGUCCCUGGGGAAAAAGAAAACCAUUCAGCUGAGAGUUGCUAACCAUGUUCUUUUGGUUGGAAGUAAUGGUUCAUUUUUUGCCCCUGGUUGGAAUAGUCUCUAAAAGGCUCUGGUGACUGAAUUGAACAUGAGGCCGCAUGCUGUUUUCUUUCAAAAGGAAUCAAAAUGGAAAGCCUCUCUAAGGGGAAGACCUUUAAACUGCAUUCAGAAGACAACGUUUAGUAAGGAGGAUGGUGGAGGUUACUAGUAAUUUUCAGAUGUUGUGGGUUUUUUCUGCCAACAAAACCCAAAAUCAAAUUAGAGUUGGUGAAAGCUUUCUUCAGUAUUUUUUAGAAGAGGCCAUCUUCAAUCUGUGGAAUACCAUUUACACAUCAACUUCACCCUAUGCUCAUUUCGUAUUUUGAGCUUAAAUGGAGUCCUCUGAAGGGGUAGUCGUGAUUCUGGUGGCAAAACUAGAACUUUUACUUGUAAAAUGAAAAAUAUUAAAUGGACCUUUUUGUCAGUUGAGAAUUUAGAUUCAUUCUUUUAUCUGAGGAACAUAUGUUCCUCAGAUGUUGCGUAGACACCUUUAGGUUUUCAUCUACUUUAAGAUUGCUCUCUUGGCAAUUAGGGGAUUUGGGAAAAGAAGAAAAAAAGAUGCUAUGUGUUGCUAGUACACAGUUAUAGGAUAUGGUUUCUAAUGGUUGAAUUUUGAGGAACUCUCCCUAAAGAAUGAGUUAUGUAUCUCCUCAAGGAAAUCAUGGAAAAUUCUUUUUCUUCUUCAGUGAGUCCUUUUGAAUUAAUGUUCUUACAUUUUUUUCUAAGUCUGUGUAAGUGCUUAUGUAUAAGUAUAUAAUUGUAUAAAUAUUUAUAAAUAUAUUUAUAUAAUUACGGUUUCAUUUCUA